AUGGACAUGUCUACGGUAAAGGUGCUUUUGGCUCUGGCGGCGACGUGGGGCGUACCCGCUAAACACGGUGACAUACCGAAUGCGUAUGUGAAGGCGGACAAGGAGCCUAACCUCGAGGUACUGCUACAGGUACCGCAAGCCAUGUAA